AUGCGCGAUCUAGCUGACUGCUUGGAGACGGAUCGCAAGGCUAUCUUUGGCUCUCAACACACUAGACGACAUGAUGAGGUGCGUAUCGAGUUUCAAAUCCGAGGCCAGAUCGCGCGUUUGCAGUCUGAAGAAGAGUUCGCUGCUGCACAGCUGCGUCUUCUCAAAGACUAUAUCGAAGUCCAUGCGGAUGAGUGUUGGCAGCAGUGGCAAGCACAUACUUCCACGGAGCCCGACUGGUUCGGCGAAGUAAUCAAGCCUUCCAUCAAACUCUUCAAAGGUUGGAACUUGCCAUCGCAACAAAGCCGAUACUUCUGCGAUCGCGAUGCGUUCCUCAAGUUUGUUGCAUGGGCCGAACUGGUUCGUCUCAUGAAUGUCACUAAGGUGGCCGCAUCAAAGGUACAAGGCCCACGUACACCUUUCCCUUCUCUUGCUGAGUUACACCGCAAAUUUUUUUGGUCGAAAGAUCGGUAUGAGAAGGAGAAGAAUAUAUGGAAGACGACUCGUACCAAAGCGCUCAACUUGAUAGCCAUGGCGCAAACCGAGAAAGCCGCGCAUCACCAUUGCAACCACUGCGGCUCGACUCACGCGAAUGGAGAGCUUCCAUGCCAGGAAUACUUCCUCGAGCGGCAUCUCAUCCCAGCGCACCCCGUCACCGUGCUGCCCUCUGAAGGCACAGGGUGUGGCAUUUGCCUCGAGAACAUCAGUCUCCCACCUUCAGCAAGCGAAUGUCAACAUCUGGCCCUCUCCAAGGAGGUAGUCUUCCUGCUACCAUGCCGACACUUCUUCCAUCAAUCCUGCAUCCUUAUCUGGCAUUCGGGUAUCCGGCCUGAGCGCGAUACCUGCCCGAUCUGUCGUCGCACACUAUUCAUCGCAGACCCUCUAACGCCAGCCCAGCUCGACCUGCUACACGAAGAAGAGCUCGAAAACCAGCAUACAGAUACUGUAGAGCAAGAGACAGAGCAGGAGAACGAGUUGGACACAGAUCCAGACGAUCAGCGACCUACGUGGGUGUUUAUGAACGGAGAGUUCAUGUCGAUGGACAUAGUCGCCGGUCUGGUGAUCAAACGGGAGUCUGACAACUUAGAUGCCGUUGGCCAUUUCAAUUGGUACGACGUGUGCACGAGCAUACACACCGCCUUGUUGACCGUCAAUGGUCCCCUGCGACCCAUCUUCCGCGAGCAUAGGGACACGUUCGUCUUGUGCGUCCAUGCUGCAGCCGCACUAGUUGCUAUCGAAAAUAGCGACAUCAUCAUGGCGGAAGCAGAUAGGGACGACUUUCUUGUUUGGUUCCGGUGCCUCAUAUCAGACAUGAGUGCCGAACUAGCAGAGAAGCUCUGUCAAGAGAUGAGCAAAGACGGUCUCUUUGUCACGCCAUUACAGCCGAUUGUGGUAGCACCGUGGACCUACCGAGAACGCCCGCACAUGACCACCGAUGCCUUCCGAUAUAUUCUAGGCGAUGUGAUCAAGAGCAGAGAGGGGAGAGAGGGCAGGGGAUUGCGCGCAAGAUUGCGCCGCGUCGCAAGGAAAUUUUGGCCGAGCCAUUGGACCUAA